GUCGGAGCCCCUGCCUCGGAGCGCCGAGCGGGAGAGCCCGAGAGCCGCCGAGCGGGGCGGGCCGGCGCAGUGUCCGGGCCAGUCCGGGAGCAGGAGCGCGGAAGGCAGGGACGCGGCCGCAAGCCAGGGCAGAGGGCAGAGUGCAGAGAGAGGCCUGCCUCGGCCGAGGGGCCCGGCCGGAACCAGCUCGCCGCCGGGGAAGGCAGCCCCUCGGGGCGCAGAUCCCGGUGGCCACCGGUCCGGAGCUACUCCCAGGCCGACGGUGGGGGGCGUGCCCCCUCCCAGCCCAGCUGCUCCAGCCCCGCCGGCCUGCACGUUGCGUCGCCGGGGUAUGUGAGCGGGAAGCCCCAGCUACCAGCCGCGAGGACCGCACGGAGGAGGAGGCGGAGCAGGAGCGCGGAGCGGCGAGCCCGAAGCCGAGCGCCUGGCUGAGUAGAUGUCCAUGAGGAGCCCCGUCUCUGCACAGCUGGCCCUGGAUGGCGUUGGCACCAUGGUGAACUGCACCAUCAAGUCCGAGGAGAAGAAGGAGCCUGCCCACGAAGUCCCCCAGGCCUCAGCCACCGCUGCUGAACCCCAGCCUGGAGACCCAGCCCGGGCCUCUCAGGACAGUGCUGACCUGCAAGCUCCAGCCCAGGACUGUAGCUCUCCAGAGACCAAUGGGUCCCCAGAGCCCAAGAAAGCAGGAGCCUCUGAGGCUGCUUCUGGAAGCCAGGAGAAACUGGACUUCAACCGAAACUUAAAAGAAGUCGUGCCAGCCAUUGAGAAGCUUCUGUCCAGUGACUGGAAGGAGAGGUUUCUGGGAAGGAACUCUGUGGAGACCAAAGAUGUCAAAGGGACCCAGGAGAGCCUGGCAGAGAAGGAGCUUCAACUUCUGGUCAUGACCCACCAGCUGUCCACCCUGCGGGACCAGCUUCUGACGGCGCAUGCAGAGCAGAAGAACAUGGCUGCCAUGCUGUUCGAGAAGCAGCAGCAGCAGAUGGAGCUGGCCCGGCAGCAGCAGGAGCAGAUCGCUAAGCAGCAGCAGCAGCUGAUUCAGCAGCAGCACAAGAUUAACCUCCUCCAGCAGCAGAUCCAGCAGGUCAACAUGCCUUACGUCAUGAUCCCAGCCUUCCCCCCAAGCCACCAACCUCUGCCUGUCACCCCUGACUCCCAGCUGGCUUUGCCCAUUCAGCCCGUGCCCUGCAAACCAGUGGAGUACCCGCUGCCGCUGCUGCAUGGCCCCCCUGCCCCAGUGCUGAAGAGGCCUGGGGCCGUGGCUGCCCACCACCCCCUGCAGGAGUCUUCCCAGCCCCUGAACCUCACCGCCAAGCCCAAGGCCACUGAGCUGUCCAACACCUCCAGCUCCCCUGGCCUGAAGUUGAGCGGCUGUGGACCCCGCCCUCCCAGCCAUGGGGCCCCCAUGCGGGACCUGCAGUCCAGCCCUCCUGGCCUGCCUCUGGGCUUCCUUGGUGAGGGGGAUGCUGUCACCAAAGCCAUCCAGGAUGCUCGACAGCUGCUGCACAGCCACAGCGGGGCCUUGGAAGGCUCCCCCAGCACUCCCUUCCGGAAGGACCUCAUCAACCUGGACUCGUCCCCAGCCAAGGAGCGACUGGAGGAGAGCUGUGUACACCCGCUGGAAGAAGCCAUGCUGAGCUGUGACGUGGACGGCUCCCGCCCCUUCCCUGAGUCCCGACACAACAGCCACAUCAAGAGGCCCAUGAAUGCCUUCAUGGUGUGGGCCAAGGACGAGCGCCGGAAGAUUCUCCAGGCCUUCCCGGACAUGCACAACUCCAGCAUCAGCAAGAUCCUAGGCUCCCGCUGGAAGUCCAUGACCAACCAGGAGAAGCAGCCCUACUACGAGGAACAGGCGCGGCUGAGCCGGCAGCACUUGGAGAAGUACCCCGACUACAAGUACAAGCCGCGGCCCAAGCGCACCUGCAUCGUGGAAGGCAAGCGGCUGCGUGUGGGCGAGUACAAGGCCCUGAUGCGGACCCGGCGCCAGGACGCCCGCCAGAGCUACGUGAUCCCUCCGCAGGCUGGCCAGGUGCAGAUGAGCUCCUCAGAGGUCCUGUACCCCCGGGCAGCGGGCAUGCCCCUGGCACAGCAGCUGGUGGAGCACUACGUCCCCCAGAGCCUGGACCCCAACAUGCCUGUCAUCGUCAACACCUGCAGCCUCCGGGAGGAGGGCGAGGGCGCAGACGACAGGCACUCGGUGGCUGAUGGCGAGAUGUACCGGUACAGCGAGGACGAGGACUCAGAGGGCGAGGAGAAGAGCGACGGGGAGCUGGUGGUGCUCACGGACUGAAGCCAGCGUGCGCUGGCCUCCCCUCUGCUGGGGACAGAGACCUCACCCAGCACCACGGGCACAGCCGCCGCCUGGACGGUGUCGGUACUGGACUGGGGCGUGCCCGGGAGAUGGCAGAGCUCUGCACUUGUAGAUACUCGCGAGGGGGCGCCCCCUCCCGCCACACCCUGGCACACCCGUGGUGCUGUUGGCUUAGGGGCACAGGCCUGCCUGGUGGUGUGGGCCGGGCUGGCUGGGCUGGCCGACUCCCCAGCCCUCGGGGCUCCUGCCAGGGGACACUGUAUGACCCUCCUCUCCUGCAGCACCCCACCCCCUGGGGGGGUAUGGCAGCUACAGACGCGUCCUGUCCUGGGUCACAUGCUUUGUUUCCAUUCCUGCCAUGGCUGGACCGGCCACUGUGGGACCAACACCCCUUCCCACUCUCAUCACACCUCGAUCAGCAGGGUUACUUUGUACCGUGUGCAAAAGGGUCUGCGUCCUCGCCGUCUUUCUCUGCCGAGCCCAACGUGCCUCUGGCUGCUCCGCGCCUGUGUGUGUGUGUGUGUGUGUGUGUGUGUGUUUUCUUCUGUUCAUUCCUUGCACAAGAUAUUUAUUGAGUGCCCACCGUGUGCCAUGCACCAUGGCUGUGUUCCUGUGGGUGGGUCUUGAUGCCACACUUGCUUCUCUGGGGGCCUCUGUGCGUCUCUUUGUCCCCAAAUUGCUACCUCUUUGUUGGUCUGGGUGUCUCAGGUUCUGUGCAUCCUUGUGUGUGUGUGUUUUGCUGUCCUUGUCUCUCUGCAAAGCCCUCUUUGUCUCUCUCUCUCUCCCCCUCUCGGUGUCUGUCCUUGUCCCUGAUGCCACCUAGUCUUGGUUCUCUGGGUCUUCUUAGGCCCUGGGCCAUCCGCCUUCCUGACCCCCUGCUGACCCCCACGCUCUCCCUGACUGCCAGCUGGCUGGCUCCGAUCAGCCUCCCUCCACAGGGCUCUGUGGCCCAGCCCUAGUCCUGACCUGGGGACCAGGAGUAGGGCGGAACUGAAGUCCGCCCUUCCUGUGGUGACCGAGGCCUGGAGAGGGCUCCCACGGGCUCCCUCAGCAGUUCCUCCCUCAUGAACACCGGGUCAGGGACUCCCCACCACCCCACUCUGCCCCAGGAAAGGGUCUUAGCCCCCAUCAGCUUCACAAGUUCUUCCCCUAAGGAAAUCCAGUCCCCUUGAUAACCUAACUCCAGAGAUCUGGAAUAGCCCUUGGGUCAGGGUGGGAAGGGAUCCCCAAAGCCCACAGGGGUCUUCCCCUCCCCUCCCCACCCCUCAGCUCCCCUCUCUCUGCAGGCUGUUUCUUUUUUAUGACUGUAAACAUAGAUAGUGCUUUAUUUUGUUAAUAAGAUGAUGAAUAACUUAACCAGCACAUCUCUCCUGUUUACACUGGGCUUGGCCUUUUUGGUUGUGUUUUCUGAUGGAAAAAUAAAGACAGACCAUUUCA